CAACCUCUCUCUGUUGUACGGUCUCAUAACCCAGGUCAAGUCGGUUCAGCUCGCUAUGUUCAUCACCUUCUCAGGCCUGAAUUGCACCUUCAGAAUCAGACUCAGACUCAGACUCAGAGACCUCUUUUUAUUGAUAAUCCUCAACCUUCCGAUUCUCUGGACUCUCCAGACGAAGGAGAUCACAAGCAUGACUCCGAUGCACAAGCCACAAGCUCCGGUGCAGCCACUACAAACUCGAACCGCCGUCCACGUGGCCGACCACCUGGAUCGAAGAACAAGCCGAAGCCACCGAUAAUCGUAACUCGGGACAGUCUGAACGCUCUCCGAUCGCACAUGCUGGAAGAGUCGAACGCUGCGGACAUAGUGGAGAGCGUGUCGAAUUACGCGAGGCGAAGAGGGAGAGGGGUUUGUGUGUUGAGUGGAACUGGGACAGUGGUGAAUGUUACUUGGAAACAACCUGCGGGGAGUAGUGUGGUGACACUGCACGGUCGGUUCGAGAUUCUUUCCUUGUCAGAUCUCAAAAAAACCAAACCCCUGAGCUUCGGAUCUACCAAAAAAAAAAAAAAUAAAACAAACCCCUAA